UUCACCUGAGCGGAACGUAGAUAUCGACAAGCAGCCAUGCGAGACUUCAUGGCUACAUCCGUCGUCGUCCGGCAACCGUACCGUGAUGAGCACUAGUAACGGAACUCCCAAUCAUGUCCUCCAGCGUCAGCCACGUCACAGUCCAGAAUCGGAUCUCUUCUACGAUUUUGAUGUCGAGGUGGAAAAUGGACGGGCUCACCAGCCGAGGAAGCAACAGCUGCUGAACUGGCUCACUUAUUAAUGAACCCGGAAAUCCUUAAGGCUAACCAUCACGACGCUUGUCAUUGUUCAACGAGCAGAACCAAAGUCAUGUUCGCUCCGGGCUCCCAUCAGGAUGCCGAGACCGGCUGCGUGUAUGUGUCGCCAAUCAACGGCACACCGCCUGAUAGCGACUCCUCCGACAUGUUCUUUGAUAUGGAGUCCUCUGAUAUGGAGAAGCUGAAGAGUGAAGUUUAUUUCGACCCUAUCACUACCACUUCAGACAGCGAAGUUAUAUCGAAUCUCUCUAAUUGUUCCGUUCCUACGAAGGCCAAAGUCAUGAUGAGUUGCAGACGGUCGGACAAGAAUACAGAACGGGUCUGUGAAGAUACAUCCGAGUCCGAAAGCUGCUCCUCUCGAAGGAAUCCUAUGUCCUGCGAAAACGGCCGUCCGCGGGAGGAGUUGGUUUGCAGCUCGGAGGACUCACUAAAUGGCCGGAGUUCGCAAGAAACGACAUCGCCUAGUCACGAGUCCCUGUGGAGUACAUUCGACGACAGCACGGUGUCAUUGCAGGAUGAGAGCUUGUCAGUCCGAACCAGUCAGUCUGAACAAGUGAUUCCGCACGUUUGUCUGCCUAAGUCGCAUUCCGAUUCGGAGUUACCAAACAAUGGCUCCAACGUAGUGAUGUCCAACAAGCUUGAUAGGUGGCAUGAGGAAGACGAGAACAUGUCUAUGGACGAGGUUGAUUUUAUUUGUGUCGCAUCAGUAGAACUGCUCAAAAACGUCAAAAACUUCGUAGCUAAGGAUGAUGUCCAUAACGAUACUGAAAAUUCUCUCGAUAUGAAAGAAGAAGCAGAAUUUAUGAAUUCAAAGAUGGCGCCAUCCGAAUGUUCAUUGCAGUUGAAGGGAGACGACAUAAUCUCCAGCGACAUCGAUACAGAUCCCUCUACUUACUCUAAUACUAUCAAUAUUCCAGUUGUAUUAACCCCAACAGACAAUCAGAUAGUCGAGAAUUCGAAUCUGAAAAAUGAGGUAGAGUUACGAAUUGACGACAUUGUGCAAUCAAACAGUAGUGAAGACAACGAGGACGACGCUAAAAUGCGCCUGUUAUUAACCAAGUUCAGUAGUCCUAGUACGAAGGAAAAGGAAGAGGAAUCUUCCUCGUUUGAACAGGAGAGUCAAAAUGAGGUAAUAGAAGAAGAGGAGGAAAGGCCGCAGCGUAUACGCAGAUGUUCCUCUCUGAAAACCGGUAAAACACCGCCCGGCACACCAGGCAGGAAGAAAAUCGUUCGAUUCGCGGAUGUGCUUGGCCUUGAUCUGGCUGCCGUGAGGACUUUCUUAGACGAGAUACCGAGGAUACCAAAUUCUGCAUACAGCGACUUAGUUUUCCAAAAAGACGAUUUCUUCCAGAAGGACAGUAGUCCGAUGAGCAACGAUAUAUCAUCUGGCAGUAACGGUUGGACUGACUGUUACUUGAAUGAUAAUAGACGCGGUUCUAUGUCAACGUUUUCCAAGACGGUAGAACGGAUGCUGGUGCCAUUGUUUCAGCAGCCGGGAGGCAUAGCGAAUUUUUUGGAUCUGGUGCGAGAGCGGCGAGUCUGCUUAGAAAAUGUGCUGGUUCAAAAUCCAGUGACUCUGGCGAUUCAGGGUACGGUACGCGUCAUCAAUCUCGAUUUCCAUAAAUCCGUGCACAUACGUUACACCCUAAACUCUUGGCGGAAUUUCAGCGACCUGCAAGCCAUCUAUGUGCCAAAUUCGUGCGACGGUUUUAGCGACAAGUUCUCUUUUGUUCUGUAUUGCCACACUUUAUCGAUUGGCCAGCGGCUAGAGUUCGCCGUGCGAUUCCAAUGUAAGGGCGCACAAUACUGGGACAACAACGGCGGGGCCAAUUAUUGCUUCCAGUGCCUGCCGGGUUCGUCGCCAACCAGCUAUAUACCGAUCACCGCUAGUGAGAGCAGCCGACACACCGAUUGGUCGCCAAUGUUCUACUGAUGGUUGUUAGGGUUACGCGUUCGCCCGAUUCGAUGACAUGACUUGAUGCACAAUAAUAUGGCAUCUGAAA